AUGGAGCCCGCCUCGUCGAGAGCUCUCGGGAUUGCUCAUCUCGUUGCUAACGUCCUGCACCAAUCCCAGGAUCACCAGCUUAUUGGCCGGGCCAGUGUUGCCCCACUGUCCAGAUAUGCCUCGGUGAACAAGCUGUGGGCCGACGAGGUGACUGAGAUGAUCUGGGCCGAGCUCUCUACUCUUGAACCUCUCGAACUCGUCAGGCCCGAGCGUCGGCAGUACUACGCAAGAAAAAUCCGGACGCUGAGAGUCGCCUUGGUGGACCCGCGUGUGCCUUCAGCUACUGCCUGCCUCUCGGAUCUGGAGCUACCGCGUCUGAGAGAGGUCGAAUUGAGGUUUCAUUAUGACGCGACGCCGCAGCAUAUUCCGCCCGUCUUGACGUCCAAGCUACGCUCUGUCGCAGCCAUCAUAGUGCGGUGUCAGCGACUAAAGGCGUUCAAUUACACCGGACCCUCGCACCAUCUUGUGCCAAAAAGACUGUUGGAUCUCUUCAUGAGCCAGCGCUCAACUCUUUCAGAUAUCCGGAUCCACAUGACGGACUCCCUCACCCAAAAUGAGGUUUCUGAGGAUCUUGUUACUUACCUCGCCGAACAAUCCGUCGUUCGGAAUAUUCGCGCCCCGCAGUUGAAGCUCCAUGCUCCACCAAGAUUCGCCAUUGCUAACCCGUUCCAAGCACUGGAGUUGCUUGACAUCAAGGCUGAUUACGAUUCAUUGUAUGCCAUCAGUGCCUCGCUCCCUGAACUGAGGACGCUUCAAAUCAAUUUGGUUCCGAAUCAGGCCGUCGUAUCUGAACCUUUGGCUCCAAUACUUUCCCGCCUGGCCGCCAGCACCAAGCUUGAAAUCCUGAAGAUUGAACGCCGUUCCCAACCUCGCGAAAGUGGCCUGGAGGUCCAAACUCCAGUGAUCAUUUCAGGGGCUGCAUUUGCGGAAUUUGCCCAAAGCUGCCGAAGUCUGCGGAAAUUUUGUCUUGAAAUACAACCUGGCAUGGUUGCAGAGGACUUUACCGCUUCUCAUCUCUUGCAAGCUUCGUCGUCUCUUCAAUGCCUCCAGGAGGUUGGAUUGUUCUUGACGCCGGAGUCCAGCUCGUUAACGGCUGCGACUGUUUCCAUUUUCGGACAGUACUGCCCGGACUUGGAGUGUUGUCACAUCCUGGGAGAGUUCACGGUCCUCGACAUUGACUGGGGGACGGAGGCGAUAUUUCCGAAGCUUCGAAGGCUCAGCCUCAACCAAAUCAGGGGAUACCAGACGAAUUGGUCCCUUGAUGUCUUCGAUUCCAAGCUUCGAAAAAAGUUCCCUCGUCUUGAGCUGCUACAGGUGAUGAGGGCCUUUCCAGGCCCACUCUCCAUCUCCACCUCGUACCUCUACGACGUGCCACAAACACCUCGUAGCCAUCCUUCUAGUUGA